GUGCUUCGACACAAUCAUCAGUCAUCACAAACACAAAACACGACCCAAAGCAAAGGAGUGAUCAGAUCGACAUGGCAGCCGCCACCAUGGCCCUCUCCUCCCGCGCACUUGCCGGCAAGCCGGCGACCAACGUCAGGGACAUGUUCGGCGAGGGCCGCAUCACCAUGCGCAAGACCGCAGCCAAGCCCAAGGUGGCGGCGUCUGAUAGCCCGUGGUAUGGCCCCGACCGCGUCUUGUACCUCGGCCCACUCUCCGGCGAGCCCCCGAGCUACCUGACCGGGGAGUUCCCUGGCGACUAUGGCUGGGACACCGCGGGGCUGUCCGCUGACCCGGAGACGUUUGCCAAGAACCGCGAGUUGGAGGUGAUCCACUGUCGCUGGGCCAUGCUGGGUGCGCUAGGCUGCGUGUUCCCGGAGCUCCUCGCCCGCAACGGCGUCAAGUUCGGCGAGGCCGUGUGGUUCAAGGCGGGCUCCCAGAUCUUUAGCGAGGGUGGGCUGGACUACCUUGGCAACUCAAGUCUGAUCCAUGCACAAAGCAUUUUGGCCAUCUGGGCGUGCCAGGUGGUGCUUAUGGGCGCCGUCGAGGGCUACCGUAUCGCCGGUGGGCCGCUCGGGGAGGUGAUCGACCCGCUGUACCCCGGCGGCAGCUUCGACCCACUAGGGCUCGCCGAUGACCCAGAGGCGUUUGCGGAGCUCAAGGUGAAGGAGAUCAAGAACGGCCGCCUUGCCAUGUUCUCCAUGUUCGGCUUCUUCGUGCAAGCUAUCGUCACUGGCAAGGGGCCCCUCGAGAACCUCGCUGACCACCUCGCCGACCCCGUGAACAACAACGCCUGGGCCUACGCCACCAACUUCGUCCCCGGCAAGUGAGAAGCGCCAGUGUGCCUCGUGUUCUGUGCACAUCCAUGCGCAUGUUACUAGAUGAAUCGAGCGGGAGGUCACAUGUACCGUAGACGUACGUAUUUAUAUGUACCGCAGGUUGUACAAGUACUCGUGAAGGGAUCUUAGGGAUCGCAGAUUGUACCGGUGGUGUAUUUGUAUGCAUGUUCUGGAACCUGAUCAAUGAAAUACGCAUGGUGUCGUAAAUUUGAAAUUGUUUA